AGAGGAGGAGUGAGGAGAGAAAAGUCAUCUAACCUCCCAGGAAAAAAGGUGGCCCAGCCUCCAUCAGGGCAGAAAAGAUUCAGGACAGACAGAGAAGUUACAGGCUGGAUAAACACUUCCAGGUUUGCGAGGAGACAACUAAGCUACAAGGUUUUGUGUUUGGGCAUUAUACUGCAGUGGAAGAAAAGGAGAGGAAAGGGUCAUUUGAUAAGCCACUCGGAGGUGAGAAUUAGACAUUUCAGGAGUCAACCCAGAAAUCCCAGGGCUUCAAUGAUGAUGAAGUUUGAAGAAAAACAUGAGGGCAGUGAGCGCUUUGUAGGAAAGAGUCAGCCCUACCUAGGUGAGAAGCAUCAGGCAAACUGGAAACCAGGAGCAAAUGGGAAAGCCGAGGCUUCUGUAAAGCAGGAGGCAAAUGGCAAUUGUGACAUGCCCAGGCAAAGCCUCAACACAUACAGCUGGCAGGAGAUCCAGAAACACAAUCAGAAGGCAGACCAGUGGCUGGUGAUCAAUCGCAAGGUCUACGAUGUUACUGCCUGGGCCAACAGGCAUCCAGGUGGGCGCCGAGUCCUCAACCACUGUGCUGGGGAAGAUGCCACGGAUGUCUUCAGAGCCAUGCACCCAAACCUUGACAUUGUGCAAUUGUACCUUAAGCCACUGCUCAUCGGAGAGCUUGCCCCAGGAGAGCCCAGCCAGGAGAGAAACAAAAAUUCCCAGUUGAUGGAAGAUUUCCAAGAAUUGCGGAGGAAGUUAGAGGCUAUGAAUAUGUUCAACACCAAUCUGGGGUUCUUCUUCCUUCACCUCGCCCAGAUCUUGAUUUUGGAAGCCCUUGCCUGGCUAAUGCUGUGGUAUUUUGGCAGUGGUUGGCCUAUUACAAUAUUCAUUUCCUUUCUUCUCACAAUUUCUCAGGCUCAAAGUUCCUUUUUGCAACAUGACGCGGGCCAUCUAUCCAUAUUUAAGCAAUCCAAGUGGAACCACCUGAUGCACAAAUUUGUGAUGGGUCACCUCAAGGGCAUGUCAAGAAACUUGUGGAAUCACGAACACUUCCAGCAUCAUGUAAAACCGAACAUUGACUCCAAAGACCCAGAUGUUGAUUUGAGUCCACUUUUUCUGCUUGGAGAUGUGCAACCUGUCGAGAUUGGCAAGAAGAAAAUCAAAUUCAUCAACUAUGAAAAGCAGCACCUGUACUUCUACAUGGUUGUGCUUCCAUUCUUCAUGCCUAUAUAUGCCAACAUGGAAUCCAUGCGAGUGAUGUACAUCCGAAGGUUUUGGGGGGAUUUUGCCUGGGUCUGCAGUUUUUACAUCCGCUAUUUCAUCACAUUUAGCCCUUUCUAUGGAAUCUUUGGAACCAUGUGCCUCAUAUAUUUAGUCAAGUCUCUUGAAAGUCCCUGGAUCGUAUUUGUUACCCAGAUGAGCCACAUACCAAUGAAAAUGAGCAGAGAAGAGAACCAGGACUGGCUCAGCACUCAGGUCUUGGCCACCUGUAAUGUGGAACAGUCCAUUUUCAAUGACUGGUUCACUGGGCACCUGAACUUCCAAAUCGAGCACCAUCUGUUCCCCACAAUGCCGCGCCAUAAUUAUCACAAGGUGGCACCGCUGGUGAGGUCACUGUGUGCCAAGCAUGGAUUGCAGUAUGUGAAUAAACCCUUGUUGGAGGCAUUUGGAGAUAUUGGCAGGGCCUUGAAGAAGUCUGCAGCCCUCUGGAUGGAUGCUUACUAUGAAACAUGGAAACAUGAUGCAGAGUGUCAGACUUAAUAUGCAUGUCAUUACAUCUCUAAAGGGGGUUGGUGAAUGUACAAGAGUUCUUUCCUGGUUAACUGUGAGCACCAUUGGCAUACCUGAGUGUGCCAGGACUGUGAGUGUUGAGGACACAUGAUGACCCCUUCUCUGAAGAUUUUCCUCUGCAAAUAAGAACCAGAGGAAACACAAGACGGCCUUGGCCAGGGUGACAAAAGGGAAGUGGGAGCCAGUGUUUUCAUUUGUUC